UCUGCCGUUCGGCUCCUUCAAUUUCCUUGUUCCUCAGAAUACUCUCGCUCUUCUUGUUCCUGGUAUUGCUCAGAAUUCAAUUUCCUUGCUAUACGAAGAGACGGCGCACGGGAUAGACUUGGAGAAAGAAAUCAUCGGAGCUAAUCAAGGCAGUCGAACCGAGGGAGAGAGAGAUGGGUUCUGAACAGAAUGACGGGACGAGCUACCAGCCUUCGGAGCCGAAGCUCUGCGUGAACAACUGCGGCUUCUUCGGCAACGCGGCCACCAUGAAUCUCUGCUCCAAGUGCUACAGAGAUAACCGGAUAAAAGAGGAACAAGAGGCUUCGGCGAAAGUCGCUAUGGAGAAAUCCUUCAACCCCAAGCCGACGCGGCCAGACAAUGAUCACCUGGUCCUACCUUCUGCUUCUUCCACGGAGAGCCUCGGCGUGGGACCCUCUUCGUCGUCUUCGGUGUUCAGUGCUGCCGCUGACCGUGAAGCGCAGCCGCCAAAGGUGGCGAGCCGGUGUCUUAUCUGUAACAAGAAGGUGGGUUUGACUGGGUUUCGGUGCAAGUGCGAGAGUACCUUCUGUGGGCUCCACCGGUACCCGGAGAAGCACGAUUGUACGUUCGACUUCAAAACCUGCGGUCGUGACGCCAUUGCCAAGGCUAAUCCAGUAAUCAAGGCCGAUAAGGUGGAUAGGAUCUGAAAUCCAUAUACUUGUUCUGAUCUGAUCGUGGGUCGCCUUAUUGUAUUUUCGUUUUUCGGUUGAUUGGGUUGAUAGUUGUAUUUGUUUAGGAGGUUUGUACUUUGUGGGGAAGGUGGUUUGCUUUGUUGCGGUUGAACGGUAGUGUUUUUGCCUUUUGGUGGUGGGUGGGUGGGUGGGUUGGACGAUUCCUUAAUAAAGUUGGAUCAUUGAAUUGUUUAUUUGCACUUUGCUUUAUUUUGUUUGGCUUUCUUCUUUUGUACUGGCUGAGAUUCUUCACCUUCUUUUCUGUGUCCGUCUUUCAUGCUAUUUAUAUCUCUGCAUACAUCUUAUUGGUGCAACAGUUAUCUUGUUCCAAGUAUUGAUAUUUUAAAGAUAGAAUUUAUCCUUUAAAUCAAAUUAUGUCACAUAGAUAAUAUGAGGAGCAAAGUCUUUCCAAUAGAAUUAUUCAUCUUGUUUAUACUGUUUUUGUGUAACGAAGUGAUAGGUGCUCCUAACGCCUUUUGGUAUAAAUGUGUGACCUUGCGGAACAAAUGUUCUUUAUAAAGGUGGAUAUAGGUUAAAGUACUUUAUAGGUUUUUUCAGCCGAAGGGUUUUAACGUGUCCAUUAUUGAAGUAGGUUCGACUCUUCAUUUUUCUUUUUGAUCGUGAGAUCUUCUCGAAGGAGGGAUUAAUUACCCCACUUGCCUAUACACUACAAAAAAAAUUAAUAGAUUGGACUAUUUUUAUUUUCUACAAGACAAAUUUCGCCACAAAAAAAUAACAUUUUCAUUUCAGUCGAGAUUUUUUGGCUAACUGGAAAAUGUAGCCGGAAUUAAACACUUUUUCACGCGAGUUUUGGUCGCCGGAAAUAGUUUUGCCAAAAAUAACCUGUUCCGUAAUUGUAGAUCGUUUUAAUAACUUGUUACAGCGACAAAGGUUUGCCACAAUUUCGUAAUUGGCAUUUAAAUGACUUAUUACCGCGACUUCUACUCACCGUAGUAACUAUUCUAAAUACCCUUAUUUUUGCCCUUUCCGUCACUCUCGCCACUCCCUCUCUCUCUGUCUCUCUAGGGAUUUAAGAUUCUCACGGGAUUUCCAAGCGCUGACACCGACGCCGUAGUCUCGUCGCCGCCCGUCUUCUUGUCGUCGCUGGUCAGUUUCUCUGACUUUAUCUGUCAUGCUCUCUCUCUCUCUAACUCUCACUCGGAUUCGCCAAGGUUACUCUCUCUUUCUCUCUCUCUCUAUAUGUGAGCUUACAGCUUUCCGAUUUGUGUAGUUUUUAUCUUAGAUGUUUAUUCUUUUUCUUUGUUUUUGAGUAGUCUGAUUUUCGUUCGAUUACAAAUCUUUUUGUAAUCCAAGGGUAGAUGCAGAACACGAGAUUAAACUCUGUGAACUUUUCUAUAGAAAUAGUUACUUUUGUUGUGAUUUUUUCCUUGUUGUAUACUUACAUACCUAGACCAAAUACUUUCAGCAUUGCUCUGUUUGCGGGCUUCAAAAUUUUGUAGGAACGACCAUAAAUAGCUGGAAAAGAUCGAUGUCUCCCAGAUCCAUUGGUGGAUUUGAGUUCUGUAGAAAAUACAAGAAAUUACUUCUAAUGCUAAGAGAGAAAUGCUAGCUCUAUAUAUUGUAGUAGAAUGAAUCAUAAUUAAAGAGUUUUAGGACUCAUUACUUGGUUUUUCUAAGCCUGGUUAGCUUAUAUCUAUACUGAAUUUCAAUCCCCCUGUUUUUAACUUCUCUAGAUCUGGCCAUAAAUACCUUUUUAUAAUUUUGAUGCCAAAAAAAUUUAGCUAAUAAACCUUUUUAUAAUCCUCCUGUUUUCAAUCCCCCUGGUUUUUCUGCUGUUUGUAGUUUCCUAGAACCUGGCUUGGACUUUUCCUACAGGCCAACCAAACAAACAACCAAAAAAUGGAGUUUCAUAAAAAAAACUCCAUCUUUCUGCAGCAUUGCUGACUUUAUCUUUAGAUCAUUUUACAUCAAUAUGUUGAUCUUUUAAAUUCACUAAAGCUUUCUGCUGUCUAAAGUUGUAUCCUUUUCUUUGACUCUUUUUUAACCAUUUUCUCACUUGGGAUUUUGUUAGUGCAUGUACACUGACAAAUAGAACAGGUACUAAAGUCCUGUGCUAAGAGGUAAGAACAUUUGCAUUCAAGUGAUUGGAAAUUAAAUAAUUAUUGAAAAAGUUCAAUAGUGAUCUAUGCAAUGGUGUUGAUGAUCAGGAAGUGGAUAACUUUCAAUCCUCCUGAACGUAAGUCUUGUUGAUGUCCUCUUUUUUGUUGCUGUUCUUAUCGCUUCAUUUUUUGCCUUACCUAUAGUAUUUCUAGCAGUGGUAGUGAUGGUAAUGGGAGGUUUUUUGUGAACUCAUUCUACCAUUUUACCCUUUGUUUUUCAUUAGUCAUGGUUUAUAAU